CUGCACCACGUGGACCCUGGAAGUUUAGAAGUUGCAGCAUGGUUUGUGGGACAUUGUAAGUAGGAUGGAGUUGUACGAGGAUCCUUAUUGUCCCAGCCGGCCAGCACGUAGAACUCAGUGGCUAGUGAGCGCCCUAGCUUAUCAUUAUGGGCUGGACAGAGGAGUAGAGAACGAGAUUAUUGUCCUGGCCACUGGACUGGACCAGUACUUGCAGGAGAUUUUUCACCACAUGGACUGCCAGGGCUUGGGGACAAUAAAAAGUGACGAAUUUCAGAUGCUAUGUGAGGUCCUAGGGCUGGAUCAAGAGGUGGAUGCAGAAGAAUGUGAAGGUUUGCUUGACGACCUCCCAGAAGAGGUCACUUUUAGGCAGUUCCAUGGCAGACUAUGUGGGUAUUUCAGCACCAAAGCUGGAUGCCAGUCUCGCACUGGUCGACUGCCGGUGGGGAAAGAAAGUGAGCACAUAGAGACCCAGAUCAGGCUCAGAAGCCCCCUGAGACGCAGGGACAAGCACCGGGAACUGGCAGCAGGCAGGAGCCCAGACUGCAGGCAGGCUGGAACUUGCUCCAGGGAAUGCUAUGAGGAAAUAGUGGCUUUGGAGCAAGCUGAAGAUAGAAUUAUCAAACUGGAGGAUGAGAACACCAGUCUUAGGGAACUGGUAGAGGACAUGAGAGCAGCUCUACAAAGUAGUGAUGCCAGGUGCCUGGCACUGCAGGUGGGACUAAGAAAAAGUCACGCUAAUCACAAAAUAAACCAAGGCUGCAUUAUGUCGGACAGGAGGGUGCUAUCUCAGAGCUACACACUGACCACUAGAUGUGUUCAAAGUGUCAUGAGAGAAGUCAACUUAAUCCAGAGCUCCCGGGAUAAUCAGAUCGAAGAGGUGAUCAGGAUUAACAAAGAACUGGAAGAUGAGUUGGAAAAGUCUCAGAAAGCUUUAUCAUAUUUAGAAGACUGUAAUCAGCAACUGAAAAGAGAACAGAAGGAAAUGAGACGGAAAGCAGAAGAAGCCAGACAAGCUGUUCUCAAAUGUUUUGGGAAAGUUAAGGAUUUAGAAGAGGAGUCCAAUCAAGUGCCAUUUUUACAGAUGCACAUACAACAGCUGGAGGUAGAACUGCAGCAUUUUAGAAGUAGUGAGCAAAGUGCAGCUUUUGACCUUGAGAGAGAAGGUCCUUCCUCAGAGGCAGUUGUCCUAAAUACCAUUACCCCUUCUCCAGAAGGAGGUUUAUUUCCACCAGAGGUUGAUGCUCGGUUGGCGUGGCGCUUUUACAGCUUCUUGAGGGCCAGCAAAGAGCUUAUCUGUGUCCUCUUAACCUGGGGGCACCAGCUGCCAUUUUCAGUCUUUUCUUUCAGCCGUCUCCCCGUGGUGCUUGUUAGCUGUCCUUCUAUCAUGGCUGAUAAAACCGUAACCGAUGCUAUUAUCCCUAAAGAGCCUGAGAGGAUGGAAGAGGCUGCUGCACAGUCAACCUCAACAGAAAAGUCUGAAGAAGUUGAUGUGGAUGCUGAAGCCAAACAACUACUUGGUGCAGGACACAGGCAUCUGGUUAUGAAAGACAUCCGUGCUGCUGUAAAUGCAUUCCAAGAGGCAAGCGGCCUUCUAGCAAAGAAACAUGGGGAGACAGCUGAUGAGUGUGCGGAAGCAUUUUUUGCUUAUGGAAUUAGUCUUCUUGAAUUAGCGAGAAUGGAGAAUGGUGUACUUGGUAAUGCCCUAGAAGGAAUGCCAGAAGAGGAGGAAGAGGGUGAGAAGGAAGAUCCCAAUAUUCCAAGUGCAGAUAAUCUUGAUGAGAAAGAAAGGGAGCAGUUGAGAGAGCAGGUUUACGAUGCAAUGGCUGAAGAUGAAGCAAAACCAACCAAUGGACAUGCUGAAGCUGAAAGCAAACCAAAGGAAGAUGUUGACAUGGAGACAAAGGAAAGCAAUGGUGAUGUACCAGAAAGUGAGGAAAAGAAAGAUGCAGAAAUGGAGGAAGAUAAACCUGAAGAUUCAAAGACUGAAAGCAAUAAACCGGAGUUGUCAAAGACCAAAAACCAACCUGAGUCAUCAAAAGAUGAAAGCAAACCUGAGGCAUCAAAGGAUGUAAGCCAACUUGAAGAAUCAAAAGAUGAAAGCAAACCUGAAGCAACUAAGACAGAAAGCAAACCUGAGGCAUCAAAGGACGAAAGCAAACCUGAAGAAUCAAAGAAUGACAGCAAACCUGAGGUAGCUAAGGCUGAAAGCAUUAAACCUGAAGACUCAAAGACUGAAAGCAAACCUGAGUCAACUAAGACUGACGGCAAUAAACCUGAAGAAUCUGCAGAAGCAGGUAAGCCAGUGAAGACAAAGACUGAUGAAAAAGCUGACAAACUUGAGAGUGAAAAGCAGGAAACAGAAGCAGUAGAGCAAGGUGAAGAAAAAACUAAAGAGGUGGAUGCAAAAGUAGUUGUGGAUUCUUCUGAGGCAAAGGAAGAAAAUUCAGUCAAAGAAUCUGAAACCAAGGAUGGUGACUCUGAAGCUGCUUCAAAAGACCUAGAGCCUAGUAAAAGUGAGAAGCAAGCUGAGGAAAAGACAAAUGAAGACCAAGAACAGAUGGAUGCUGAAGAAGAGGAGGGCUCUGAAGAAGAGGCUGAAGGAUCUGAAGAAAAAGAAAAUGAAGAGGAUGAUGUUGGAAAUCUGCAGCUUGCUUGGGAAAUGUUGGACUUAUCAAAAGUAAUUUUUCAAAGACAGAAGACCAAAGAAGCUCAGUUAAAAGCUGCUCAGGCACACCUAAAACUAGGUGAAGUCAGCGUUGAGUCAGAAAACUAUUCCCAAGCAGUGGACGAUUUCCUUGCAUGUCUAAACAUCCAGAAAGAACACUUGGAAGAACAUGACAGACUUCUUGCAGAGACCCAUUACCAGCUUGGUUUGGCCUACCAAUACAGUAGCAAGCAUGAAGAGGCAAUUUCUCACUUUAACCAGUCUGUGGAGGUGAUCGAAAAGAGGAUGGCUGUACUAACAGAGCAGAAAAAUAAAGCUGGGGAAGAACCUACUGCAGACAUCCAAAAGGAAAUGGAUGAACUGAAAGGCUUGCUCCCUGAUAUUAAGGAGAAAAUUGAAGAUUCAAAAGAAGCACAGAAAACUGCAAAGACAACAGAAAUAGCACUUAAAGAAACUCUGGCUGGAUCAUCUGGAUUUUCACAAGAAAAUGGAAGCACUUCUUCUGCUAUCUCUGUGGAAAAGGAGAACACUGUACCUGCAACCAACUGUGUAUCAGAUAUUUCCCAUCUGGUCAGGAAAAAGAGGAAACCAGAAGAGGAGAGUCCCCUAAAAGACAGCGAAGCUAAGAAACCAAAACCAGAACUGGUUGAAAAUGGAGCAGGCAGUGGAGAUGCUGUAGUACCUACUAAUGAAGAAGCAGAGAAAGCUGAAGAGGCAGAUAAGCAGACGCCCAUGGAGACUGGAGCUGUGGAGAGUACUGCGUGAUGAAUGGACAGAAUAUUUUUGUAUAUAAGUUUUUCCACUUUGGUUCAGAACGUCUUUUGUAAAGUUAAUAAAGGUUAAUUAAAGCUGUAAAAAAAAAAAAAAAAAAA